CGGACUACAUAUACACAGACUACGCAGCAGGUGGGGUCGCAGAGCAAAUGUAUCCAGUCUAUCAGCUUUGUAUCACUAGUACGAGUUCAACGACGCACAAGCAUUCAUCGACCAUGACAAACUCGGAAAUCAAGAACAAGCACCUCGACGUGGAUGGAGACGGCUCCGACUCGGGUUCGAGUUCAGGUUCCAAGGCCAACUCGGGUCGAUCUUCCCCUUAUAUCCGAGAAGCUCAUCAGAAGAAGCAUCACCACGAAGCCCACAAGCACGACGGCAACGAUGACGGUCAUCCCGGGGAGCAAGCCCCGGAUCAUGGCCGCGAAUCCCCACAAGCCCGUCAACAACGUAACAAGCACAUCGGUCGCAAGAUCCAACAUGGGCUGCAAAAGUCUUCUUCCCGAAACACCGGUAUCCCCCUCGACUGCUACAUUGGUCUGGCUUUCCGGGUGAUGAAGACGGAAGAGGAGAUCGAGGAGUACAGACGUCAAGUCGGGGGAAUGUCGACCAGCGUGGUCGAUCUGGAAAAGGGGGAACAGCUGUUGACCUGGCAGGCUGUUGUCUCUGAUGGGAUCGGGACGAUCGAUUCGGGAAGAGACGCUACGACCCUGAAAGUGACGUCUCCGGAGGAAGACGAGAAACAGGGAUGGAAGAUGGUGAAACACGUCGCCGAGAGGAUCAUCACCACUGCGACCGAGGUCUCUGCUGGGAAAUCGAUGAUCUUCCAAGUUAUCGCCGUGUCCGAACCUCUCCCGCCUCUCCUCGCCAAAUGCCCAAUCUUCCUCCCUUCUUUCUACGCCCACCUCUCCGCCAUCCCCUUCCUCAUCCCCUCUCCGACAUACAUGUUCGAGAACCUGCCCGAUCCAGACCCAGAGUAUUUCGCUAGUAACGCAGUCUCGGUCGCGUUGAAGCACUUGCACCCGGCCAUCCAUAGUGCGGUGACGGUGGGGUGUAGGGAGAAAGACCGGGUCGUGCAGGUUGAUGCGGGCGGGUUGAUCCACAUCGCCAGUCUGGAGGGUUAUCAACAGUCUUCCAGCGAGAAGCUUUGGAAGAGGUUUAUGGCCCUUGUCAGGCAUAUCAAGGGAAACAACAUCAAGUUCGCCCGUGUCUCGGCUACACCCCAGGGAGGCGGGGUGGCCCUUCUCCAGAACGCGUUGGUGAGGUUGUGGAAGCUCGUAGGGCUCGAGGGGAAUGGGAUCUGGUUGGUACCGUUGGGUCAUCCGUCCGUCUUCGACAUCACCAAGAAGAAAUUUCACAACGUCUUGCAAGGAGUGGCGGAAAAGGACGUCAAGUUGGAAGAGAAUGACGAGGCAUACUUUGAGGCGUGGAUCAAGAGCAACUAUGAGAAGUUCUGGAAGGAUACCGGGGUAUUGACCGACAGGAUCCUCGUGGCGGACGACCCUCAAGUGGUCCCGCUCAUUCCGCGUGUCAAGAAGGAUUUCCCCGAUACCAAGAUCAUCUUCCGGUCCCACAUCCAGGUUCAAUCCGACCUCACCGACGACCCUUCGACCGAACAGGCUCACGUUUGGGACUAUCUGUUCGGCUUCAUCAAGCAUAGCGACAUGUUCCUCGCUCACCCCGUGGACUUCUUCAUUCCGAAGAACGUCAAGAAGAGUUUACCAGUCAUGUACAUGCCACCCAGUACGGACCCUCUGGAUGGGUUGAACAAGCCGUUCGGGAAAGAGUCGAUGGAGCAGAUCCAGAAGGUGUACAACUCGUUGUCGAUGCAGCAAUCCGGUGUCGAGCUUGACUGGAAUCGAGGAUAUUUCCUUCAGGUGGCUCGAUUUGACCCAAGCAAAGGUUUGAACGACCUGUUGGCGGGAUACCUUCAGUUCAGGCAGAAGGUCGAAGAGGCUGGCAAGGGCGGGGGUGACGGCGAUGCCAAAAAGCCGCCCCAAUUGAUCGUCGUUGGGCACGGCUCGAUCGAUGACCCUGAUGGCACCAGGAUCUACGAAGAGCUUCACGAGAUCGUCAACUCGGACGAGUACAAGCUCGUUACCAAGGACGUCUCGAUCGUCCGAGCUCCUCCUUCCGACACGCUGUUAGGCGGGCUCAUGCAAGGUGCCACGGUGGCGUUGCAGCUGAGCACUCGCGAGGGCUUCGAGGUCAAGGUCAGCGAGGCCGUCUUGAAACGUAUCCCUGUCGUCGCUACCAAGGCUGGAGGUAUUCCUCUGCAAGUCAAGGACGGCGUGAAUGGCUGGAUCGUCGAUCCUUCCGCGCCCGACCAAGUUGCGCAGGUCUUGUUUGACUUCUACAUGGGCAAACGUCAACUGAACCGUCGUCAAGGUCGCCCGGACGAAGAGUACUGUGACGAUCGUAUGCACCAUCACAAGACGUACGACGAAGAGGAGGUCGUUCAGGAAUUGCCUCGUUCGGAUGGCAAGGAGAACCCGAACCAUACUGAUGGCGAUCACAUCGGUGACCCCGGGAUCGUAGGAUUCGGUGAUGGAGACAGCAAGAUCAAGGAGGGAAGGAGGUUGACCCCGAAUGAUUCGGCCGACAUGUUUGUCAAGACGGUCGGCGCGCCCUUCCCUAAGGUCAAGCCUACACCCGACGGACCUAGCGAGGAUUUCUUUACCGUCGGCAAUGCUGCCAAGUGGUUGCUGCUGUUCUCUCUCAUCUCGGGGAAAUCGAUCAAGCCCGACGCUCACUCCAAGGCCAACGGUGGUCAGGGGGACGAAGAGGUCGAGCUGCUCAAGUCGAUGGGUCUACGAACCGAGGAUUGGAAGGGUGGGAAGGAGGAGAUGAAGAAGUGGGAUAAUCAGGCUGUCUGGAAGAUGGUCAUGGGCGACGACACGGACGAGGGGGAAGGGAGGAUCAUCUGGAGGGAUGAAAUGUUUCAAGGUUGAUCGAUCCGGUAACUGCAUGGUUUGAAUAAGUCGAGCAGUGAAAUCAUGAAGAAGCGCGCCAGGAGCUCUUGUAAUGUCCGUACACGUCUUGUGAUACCAUCAAUACCCUCGUUGC